GCGCCCACCCCUGCAGGCUCCGGGCACCGGCACCAUGGUGAAGCUGGGCAGCGGCCUGGCCGAGAAGGGCGCCAAGCAGCCGCUGCUGGAGGACGGCUUCGACACCAUCCCGCUCAUGACGCCCCUGGACGUCAACCAGCUGCAGCUCCCGGGCCCCGAGAAGGUGAUGGUGAAGACCAAGACCGAAUACGAGCCGGAGCGCAAGAAGGGCAAAGCGCGGCCCCCCAAAAUCGCAGAGUUCACGGUCAGCAUCAGCCAGGGUGUCACUGAGAGGUUCAAGGUGUCGGUGCUAGUCCUCUUCGCUCUGGCCUUCCUCACCUGCGUCGUCUUCCUCGUGGUCUACAAGGUGUACAAGUACGACCGCGCCUGCCCUGACGGCUUCAUCCUCAAGAACACGCAGUGCAUCCCCGAGGGCCUGGAGAGCUACUACGCAGAGCAGGACUCGAGCGCUCGCGAGAAGUUCUACGCCGUCAUCAACCACUACAACCUGGCCAAGCAGAGUGUGGCGCGCGCCGUGUCACCUUGGAUGUCGGUUCUGUCUGAAGAGAAGCUGUCGGAGCAGGAGACGGAGGCCUCAGAGAAGGCGGCCUAGCACGCGCCGGGUCCCGUCCCCUCCUGUAGGUCUCCUCUGGCCCUUUAGAAACGCGUCUCAUCCACCCAUUGCUUCUGUCGCCCAACUCCGCUUUGCAAACGGCCCAGCUGCUUCCGGCUGCCCGGGCGCGUCGGCGGGCCCGGAGCAUGGCCCCUCUCGGGCUGGGCCGGCCACCUGCACUGAGCUCGAUGUUCCAGGGAGUUGGGGGGUCACUGCCUAGGCUCUGGGGACCUGAGUGCAGAGCUCCCAUCUUGGAGUCCUGCACCUGCGGCUCCGGCUGCUUGUGGAGCUGCUAGGUCUCGCCCUAGACCCUGGGACAGUGUCCCUGAUGUGUGCAGGUAUCGGCCGCCACCGACAUGUCACCCAAUCCCUGUGAUGUCCUGGGGUGUCCAUGAGGUGAGGGCCCCUGCACAGGCCCCUCCCCUGUGUGUAGUUUGCUUGCUUGGAGGGAAGGAAGGGAGGGAGGGGGGGUCCCCCUGUUCUUAGCAGGUUGGUUUUGGAGUCCUGCUUGGGGGCGGCAGGUGACGGGCAGAGGGGCCCAGUGCCGGCGGUGAACUGGAGGCGCUGCAUCUCUUCAUGUCAUUUGAAUGUGUUGUUCUGGGGGUCGGUCCGGUCUCACUGUUUCCAGUAGAUGAAAAUAAAUGAAAGGCUUGUGGGA